UGGCAGUGACCUGCUUUGACCAUUGUUGUAAUCUGUUUCUUCUCCUCCAGUCGUAUGAAGAUUUGGUUCAGCGCCUGGAGCCAGUGAUCAUGGAGCUCGAGAGGCAGGAGAAUGUUUUAGUCAUCUGUCACCAAGCCGUCAUGCGCUGCUUGCUGGCGUAUUUCCUCGAUAAAACAGCAGAGGAGCUUCCAUACCUGAAGUGCCCCCUGCACACCGUCUUAAAAUUGACCCCAGUGGCAUAUGGAUGUAAAGUUGAAUCCAUUUUCCUCAAUGUUGAAGCUGUCAACACACACCGAGAAAGACCAGAGAACGUGGACGUUUCAAGACCUUCUGAGGAAGCCCUGGUCACGGUCCCUGCUCACCAGUGAGGCUGCAUCUUAAUGGGGCUUACCCUCACCGUCCAACCUCGCCACACUACUUGUUCUUAUUUCAAAUCCUGCUGAUAAGCGUUUCUACGUUUGGUUGUUUUAUUAAAAGUUUAUAGAUGAAAUGUGAUGCACAAGACUCUUCAGGCCAUGCAGUGAAGAACUUUGACUGAACACUCUUCUGUCUGGCUGCGUGACUGUGUCAAUUUCUGACUAUAUGUGCUUACCUACUGGACUUGGCCGAUUUGGCACUGCCUUUAAAGCAGUAAUUUGUCACACAGCUGAUCAGGGGAAGAUGAGAUGUAGUAAUGAAAACAUUAGAAGCGUUUACAUUUAUAACUUCAUGCAUUUGGAAGUUUAAGAUGAUGAAAAAUUAAUUAACUCCUGAUAGAGUGAACGUGGGGAGAUAUCUAACUCUGUCUUUGGAAAUUAGAUGUAUAGUAAUUUAUGUUGACUAACAGGAGUCUUACUGUGUGGAUAGUAAUGAUACAUGAUUAUUACUAAGUCAAUGUUCAAUGUCUCUGUGCACAGCUGCCUUAGCCUCAGUAAUAUGGAGAGUCUUAAUUGGGCAGGAGCUGUCAGUAAUGUUCCUGUCCAACCAUAAAGGGCUCUGCAAUUGGGGAAAGACAUCUUCCUUCAAAACAAUUAAUGUGUAAAAUUGGAAGAGGUUCUUUUUAUCCAACAGUGUUACUAUUGGACAGUGUCACACUGUAAAUCAUUUUCAUUGUUAACAUGCCUAUUUAAAGCCAAGCUUUGAUUGACAAAUAUUUCGUUAGGCAGAGAUCUGCUUAUUUUGUUUCUCAGGCCUCAAAUGUGAUUUUAAUUAAAAAAGAAUAAUAGUUAA